CGCGAAACUCGGCGUCGGACCUUGGAGGUUCUUGUCUCCCGCGGUUUGUGGACUUCAGGAAGGGACAGGCGCAGUCAUGUCGGGCUUUGACGACCCCGGCAUCUUCUACAGCGACAGCUUCGGGGGGGAGCCCGGCGCCGACGACGGCCAGGACCGCAAGUCCCAGCUGCAGCGGCGCUUCAAGGAGUUUCUGCGGCAGUAUCGCGUGGGCACCGACCGUACCGGCUUCACUUUCAAAUACAGGGAUGAACUCAAGCGGCAUUACAACCUGGGCGAGUACUGGAUCGAGGUGGAGAUGGAGGAUCUGGCCAGCUUUGACGAGGACCUGGCUGACCACUUAUAUAAGCAGCCGGCUGAGCACUUGCAGCUGUUAGAGGAAGCUGCCAAGGAGGUGGCCGAUGAGGUGACCCGGCCCCGACCUGCCGGAGAGGAGGUACUUCAGGACAUCCAGGUCAUGCUCAAGUCCGAUGCCUGCCCAUCCAACCUUCGCAGCCUGAAGUCGGACAUGAUGUCACACCUGGUGAAGAUCCCCGGUAUCAUCAUUGCGGCCACUGCCAUUAGGGCCAAGGCCACUCGCAUCGCGAUCCAGUGCCGGAGCUGCCGCAACACUGUCACCAACAUCGCUUUACGGCCCGGCCUGGAGGGCUACUCCCUGCCCAGGAAGUGCAAUAUGGAGCAGGCUGGGCGCCCCAAGUGCCCGCUGGACCCCUACUUCAUCAUGCCCGACAAGUGCAAAUGCGUGGACUUCCAAACCUUGAAGCUGCAGGAGCUGCCUGACGCGGUGCCCCAUGGCGAGAUGCCCAGACACAUGCAGCUCUACUGUGACAGGUACCUGUGUGACAAGGUGGUCCCCGGGAACCGAGUCACCAUCAUGGGCAUCUACUCUAUCAAGAAAUUCGGCCUCACCUCCCGCCGAGGUGUUGACAGGGUGGGUGUGGGCAUCCGGAGCUCCUACAUCCGGGUCCUGGGCAUCCAGGUGGACACCGACGGCUCUGGCCGGAGCUUUGCAGGGACCAUCACGCCACAGGAGGAGGAGGAGUUCCGCCGCCUGGCCUCCUUGCCCAAUGUCUACGAGGUCAUCUCCAAGAGCAUUGCCCCUUCCAUCUUUGGGGGCAUGGACAUGAAGAAGGCCAUUGCCUGUCUACUCUUUGGGGGCUCCCGGAAAAGGCUCCCUGAUGGGCUCACACGGCGAGGAGACAUCAACCUGUUGAUGCUGGGGGACCCUGGGACGGCCAAGUCGCAGCUCCUGAAGUUUGUGGAGAAGUGUUCUCCCAUCGGGGUGUACACGUCUGGGAAAGGUAGCAGCGCGGCUGGCCUGACAGCCUCAGUGAUGAGGGACCCUUCUUCCCGGAACUUCAUCAUGGAGGGCGGAGCCAUGGUCCUGGCUGACGGCGGGGUGGUCUGCAUCGACGAGUUUGACAAGAUGCGUGAGGACGACCGAGUGGCCAUCCAUGAAGCUAUGGAGCAGCAGACCAUCUCCAUCGCCAAGGCCGGCAUCACCACCACCCUCAACUCCCGCUGCUCCGUCCUGGCUGCCGCCAACUCGGUGUUUGGCCGCUGGGAUGAGACGAAGGGGGAGGACAACAUUGACUUCAUGCCCACCAUCCUGUCCCGCUUCGACAUGAUCUUCAUCGUCAAGGACGAACACAAUGAAGAAAGGGACAUGAUGCUGGCCAAACACGUCAUCACGCUGCACGUGAGCGCGCUAACACAGACUCAGGCCGUGGAGGGCGAGAUCGAGCUGGCCACACUCAAGAAGUUCAUCGCCUACUGCCGAGCGAGGUGUGGCCCCCGGCUGUCUGCAGAGGCUGCAGAAAAGCUGAAGAACCGUUACAUCAUCAUGCGGAGUGGGGCCCGCCAGCAUGAGAGGGACAGUGACCGACGUUCCAGCAUCCCCAUCACAGUGCGGCAGCUGGAGGCUGUAGUGCGCAUUGCUGAGGCCCUCAGCAAGAUGAAGUUGCAGCCCUUCGCCACGGAGGCGGACGUGGACGAGGCCCUGAGGCUUUUCCACGUGUCCACGUUGGAUGCUGCCUUGUCCGGAUCCCUGUCAGGGGUGGAGGGCUUCACCAGUCAGGAGGACCAGGAGAUGUUGAGCCGCAUCGAGAAGCAGCUGAAACGUCGCUUUGCCAUUGGCUCCCAGGUGUCAGAGCACAGCAUCAUCCAGGACUUCACCAAGCAGAAAUACCCGGAGCACGCCGUCUACAAGGUCCUACAGCUCAUGCUGCGGCGGGGUGAGAUCCAGCACCGCAUGCAGCGGAAGGUCCUCUACCGUCUCAAGUGAGCUGGACUCCCGCAGCCUCGCU